CCACCCCAGCCUCCAGCCUCUCCAAACGCUAGAUCGAGCAGCGGACACGCCAGUCGGGCAGCUCCAAGCUGUCAUGGACCCUGAAGGCCUCGCGCUCCUGCUGCCCCCUGCCACUCUGGCCACCCUGGCAGACAGCUGGCUCCGGGAGGACUGCCCGGCCCUCAACCACGUGGCUUUGGUCACAGGGGCAGCCCCUGCGCAGGCGGUGCUGUGGGCCAAGUCCCCUGGGAUGCUGGCUGGGAGGCCUUUCUUUGAUGCCAUCUUUGCCCAAGUCAACUGCCAGGUCUCCUGGUUCCUCCCCGAGGGAUCAAAGCUGGUGCCUGUGGCCAAGGUGGCCGAGGUCCGGGGCCCUGCCCACUGCCUGCUGCUGGGAGAGCGGGUGGCCCUUAACACACUGGCCCGUUGCAGCGGCAUUGCUAGCGCUGCUGCCGCAGCUGUGGAGACGGCCAGGGGGACCGGCUGGACUGGGCACGUGGCUGGCACGAGGAAGACCACGCCAGGCUUCCGGUUGGUGGAGAAGUAUGGGCUCCUAGUGGGCGGGGCUGCCUCCCACCGCUACAACCUGGAAGGGCUGGUGAUGGUGAAGGACAACCACGUUGUGGCAGCUGGUGGUGUGGAAAAGGCAGUGCGGGGGGCCCGGCAGGUGGCCGACUUCGCCCUGAAGGUGGAGGUGGAGUGCAGCAGCCUGCAAGAGGCUGUGGCAGCGGCCGAGGCCGGAGCGGACCUCGUCCUGCUGGACAACUUCAGGCCUGAGGAGCUGCACCCCACGGCCAAGGCGCUGAAGGCCCGGUUCCCGCGUGUGGGCGUGGAGGCCAGCGGGGGGGUCAAUCUGAGCAACCUUCCUCAGUUCUGUGGGCCCCACAUCGACGUCAUCUCUUUGGGGAUGCUGACCCAGGCUGCCCCGGCCCUCGAUUUCUCCCUCAAGCUGUGUGCUGAAGGGGCCAUUCAGGUACCCGAAACCCACCGGUCCUAAAGUCCAAGAGGCUACACUGGCAGUGGGAUAACAUGGUUCCAUGGGACCCUCAAGGUUUCACAUCUUGAAGUACCGUGGCUGACAGGACACUCUCGGCAUUAGCCUGGGCUGAGAUCCAGCUCUGCCACGUGCUGCUUGUGUGACCUUGAAGGAUUGACUUCACCUCUGCUCACCUCGGUUUCCUCGUCUGUAAAAUGGGUCUGAUCAACCUCAUGGAUUUCUUUGGGUGAUAAUUAACACAGAGUAAGUGCUCAGUAAAUGUUAGAAAUUACCAUCA